ACUUUACUUGCACACAACAACAUCCGGCUUCAGCUGGGUCUAGAGGCAGUGCCGUUCAGCAUUCAGGGCAUUAUGUUGUGCAGCCAUGUCUGGCAGAAGCAAGGCCAGUCGCUCCAUGACGUCUGCGAUGAUGGACGACCACGACCACGACGACGCCGCCACGUGGAAAAGGACAAUGGCAAGGAAAAGGGCGUCAGAAGCAGCAGCAGCAGCAGCAGCGGGAACAAGAACCACGACAGAACUGUGCCAGCCAUUCCGACCAUGACUGUAGUGGACCUCUUGGCCGAGGAGCCAGGAGAGCUGAGACGGCUGGAGAAGUACGCGGACUUGUUCUCGCUAGCACAAGCUGGCAGGAGCCAACGCGGGUGCGGCCGUGGUGUCGACGAGGACGUGCUCGGGUUCGGAGAUGAUGGCGAUGGCGAUGGCAGGGCUCACAGUGGGAUCGCAGCGGCCACACCAUUGUAUACGGGAGAUGAUGCGUGCACACCAACAUCCCACAACCUCCUCCGAGUCAUGGGCAGAGGAUACCGGAGGGAAUCCGAGGUCGUCGCCAACCGACCCAGGAACAACAGUGCCGUCUACAGUCGGAGGUGAAUCAAGGUGACUUUCCGCCAGUGACCGAGUCCUCAGCGUCGUUCGCCGAGGCCCGGACCGUCACCCACCAGGAACGACUCACCUAUGAGUGUUCUGCUCAUGGGCCUACGCAGUCACCGGACAAGUUUCUGAACACCAACAGAUAUCGAAGACCCGGCGCUCCUGGACAUCGUGUGUGCCGUGGCAACGAGCCUUCACAACGGAAUCACAUGCCUCCAAAAUACUGAUAUUGGCAGUCUUGAUAGAUACAACGCACUUCGCCAGGAGCCAACCAUUCUCGGCGUUCACGACUUUAUCGAAGCGAAGCGACGAUCACGGGCGGUCAAC